CCGGAAACCCAAAUACCUCGAGGAGGAGGAGUUUUCUAAGUGUAGCUGAGAAGCAGAAUGUGUUUUGAAGAUCCUUCCUUUCUCGUUUGUAUAUCUCACUUUUUGGAUGGAUAAUCGCUCAAUUAAGACCAAAAUGUUGUUUUUAGGAUAUGUUUCUGGAGUGAUGGAGAGUAGUAAUAAUAGCAGCAGUCACCAUCACAAUAAUAGCUGCAGCAGGAACAACAAAAGUGAAUCUCAAAGAACUCUGAGUCUUACCAUCCGUUUUGUAGCUCCGGAUGUCAGAGCACAGCAGCACCACAGAUGGGGAUGUGGACCCCCAGCAUGGCUUAUAUAUGCUGAUCCUGCUAGUCUUGAUCUUCUUUGUCAUGGGUCUUGCGGGCUUUCUCAUUUGCCAUAUCCUAAAGAAAAAGGGAUACCGCUGUCGGACAUUCAGUGAUGAAUUUGACUCUGACAACAAGGAAUCAUUGACACAACUCCAAGAUGAUGAUGAUGAAGAUCUGAAUGAGGAUACUGUAGAAAAAAUAGUGAAAUGUAUUAUUCAAAAUGAAGCAAAUGUUGAAGUUCUGAAAGAAAUGCUGGGAGAAAGUGAUGCUGAUCUCCCACUGCCAGUACCUGUACCCAGUGCUCUAUGUCCACAUCGCAGUAAUCAAGAUGGUGGCAUUCCUCAUCACCACACAGUGCACUUAGGUUCAACACAAGCACCUUGCAUUCAUUGCAGCAAGAAAAAGAGACCUCCCAUACAUCGUCAGGGCCGGUCAAAAGAGAGCAAAAGCAAGAUGCACCCUGGGGAAACAACAGUCUUUUCAGUUGGCAGAUUUCGUGUCACCCAUAUUGAGAAAAAACCCAUUUUCCAUGAAUCCCAGGAAGAAUCUUUUCAUGAGAACAAGCCGGAUGUAGCUGAUACAGACCAGGAGACUUAUAGCAAUCAGAAACUUCAGUGGACUGGGUCACAGAAUGGAAUUGUUCAUACAGAUGGAGUACAGGAAAGAAAAUUAGUUCAGCCAGAUUCUGAAAAACCACCAAAGCAGACUACUGCAGAUGAUUUAACUCUGUCAGAGACUCAUUUAAAUUUAACAGCUGAUACAAAUGUAGCCAUAAAUGAAAUAGAGGGAGGAUACCCUAAGGCAUGUUAUUCACAAGAAGCAAUAAACUCUGCUGCUAGUUAUGCAACUGAGACUAACUCCACUUCAAGACCCAAAGAUCUUUCAUCAGAAGAGCUAGAGGAGGAUAAAAAAGCUGAACUGAUGGGCCAUCAGAGAGUAGCUUAUGAAAUAUCAGACAACAAACAAGGACAAGUUCUUUCAAUAGGACCCAAACUGGAAAUUUGCCCAGUAGAGCAAGUGGCAUAAAGCAUCAGGUAUAAGCCAUCCUUUUGAGAGGCCAGCAUGUCAGGACUCCUCCUGGGACAUGAUGGAGGGAGGGGGAGAGGCUAUCAGGGUUGCAUUCUCUGCAUGCUUUCGCUUUUGCUGUAACUGCAUGGGAUUUAGGGAAGGGGGGCUAUCUUGAAGACAGAUGGACUUCCUCCCAGCCAGUUCCAGCCUGAUACUAAGGUCGCUGCACUCUGGGGAUGAACUGCUAUCAAGCUAAUACCUCAGAGUUCUCAAAACACCUAUGCAGAAUUGUAUUGGCUACUGGUGGAUUAGUAAAGGGGGAUGGGGUUUGAAUUGGGAAGAAUAGUGUAAUACUUUGCACUUCAGACUUCUCUGCAAUCACUUUCUCUCACUAAAAGUUCCUUUUGGUAACUAAUUCUUUCAAAAGUCAUGCCUUCCUGAGGGAAUAGCAGAGGCAGGUCCUUACAACAUCUUCAGAUGUCACCUCAGAAAGCUUUUUUUUAGAAAAGAAACAAUGGUGAGCCCAGACUGGUAGAUGUAUGGCUAAAUAAUAACUUUCAUUCAUAGUGAAUAUACUCUAAAAUCUAAAGAAAAGUCGAAGUCAGAAGGAUGUGUCUGUCAUAGAUUUACAUAUAUACAAUUGAAAGUGUUAAACUAGACAAAAAACCAUGGGUCUGGAAAAACUAUGGGCUUGGGAAAAAUUAAUUUGAAAUUGUAUUGUGUCGUAAUGAUAAACAUUGCUGAGGUUUAUAAACUAUUAUUGAAAUUGAAUUUGGAGAAUGAAUAUGUGAAACAAAACAUGAUUCAAUGGGCAAAGAAUUUUGGGUGUAAUAUAAUGCUUGAACUAUGGAACACAUGUGGAUGAAGGAUUUAAAAUUUACACUGAACUAUAACUUGAAAGAUUUUUUUAAAUAAAAUGAUAUGCCAUUGUUAUUUACUGCUGAAUAAAUCGUUAAAGAUGUAUAAAGGUCUUAGCAGAUCCCAAAUGGCAGAAAAGGCUACAUAGGUAUGUAAGGCAGUGGAGGUUACUCUAUAGACAGAAAUUCUAGAAAACAAAGCUGAAAUUGCCACUGUAGAUUGAGCAUACGAUGAGCAGUUUAAUCUAUUAAAGAAGCAAGUGUGCAGUCUGCAAAAUUUUAAAUUGAACAAAUAGUGUCCUUCCAUCAGAUAUAUGUUCAUGAACUUGAAAAGUAGUGUUGUAAGGAUCUGCCUCAGCUAUUUUCUCAAGAAAGCAUGACUCUUGAAAGGGUAGCAGUUAAAAAUGAAACUUUUACUGAGAGAAAGUGAUUGCACAGAUGUCAAAUUCAAAUUCAAAUCUUUAUUGUCGGUGUACAAUAUAUGUACAAUGAGAUUGGUUGAGCUCCCUCAGUGCACCCCCCCAACACAAUACAACUCACAGUGAAGGCAGAAAAUCUCUAACCCAAUGAAUCAUAUUAACAAAACACCCAGUCCUAUUGCACCAGUGUCAUCAAAUCAGGUGGAAUCUGAAAAGCUUGCGCAAAGCAUCAAGCUAUUUUUUCCUCUUCAAGCCCCACCCAAUUCCCAGUUUCCUAAUAGCCAAUAAUAUGCCACAAAGGUGUUUUGCGGUGGUUGGUGCAGCACUUUGCAGCUUGGUGGCCUUCUUUGCUACGCUUGAAACAGGCAGUGGAAUGUGCUGGCUGGGUUUACAUUUUGGUUGCCUCUCUCUUCCUCUCUGGGGGUGAUUUCUUUCAAACUUUGGCUGAACAAUGCUAUUUGGGUCUGAUUGAUUUCCUCUUCCUCAGCCAGCAUACACCAGUCUUUAGAGGUGACACCCCCCCAUGACACAUGAGGUGUACAGGUCAUCAUUAAGCCCAUCUUUGAAACAGCUCACGAGGAUGUCUUCUGGCCAGUCAAAAUGGCAUACCAGAUCAUGAAAUUCCUCUUAUAUUCAGCCACCAGUCUGUUCCCUUACUGGACAGUCUUUAUGCGGUCUCUGGCUUUGCAAUUGGCUAGGAGAUCUUCAAACUGCCAUUGGAGUGCUAUCGUAAACCAAUUGAAGUUUCUCAACUCAGGGGUAUCUGAGUUGUGGAGGGUUACCAUCCAUCAGGCUUCAGCCCCUUCUAGUGCCAGCAUGACGACUUUAAUCUUGGCUCCCUCAGUAGGGACCUUGUGGCCAUAUUCCUGCAAGUAGGUCAGGACAUGGGCCAGGAAAAAUCCCAGUUAUUGUGGGUUCCCAUCAAAUUUCAUGUGAAAGGUGGGAUGACUUCCACCUCCAUGGCCCUGCUACCUCUCCCAUCCUUUGAACAUUGGGGCCCCUGGUGUCUCUUGGCUGAGGUCCCAUAGCUGCAGCAGCCCCUGCCGGGAUGACAGACACCAUGAUUGUGGUAUCCAGAGACAAGGGCCUCCUUUCCCCCUCCUCGGCUUGGCUCUGGCAGCUGCCAUCACCCGACAUCUGCACCAAUACUUCCUGUGCUUUCAGGCUCUGGAAUGCAUCCAUCAUGCAAUGCAUGGCUUGCUUUAUGAGGAGGUCAGCAUGAUUAAGUUUAUUCCCUUCCUCCUCAUCAUCCUCAAGUGCCUCCAAUUCUUUCUGGCCACAUCAGCAGCUGUCUUGUAUGAGGGCGACUCCCUUGGUCCACCCCUCUCAGCCAUUUUGCUUCCCAGUGCCAAUGGACCAUUUGGGUCUCCCAGGCUGGCAGCUUCCUCUGUCCAUUCUCCAGUCUGGGUACCUUGAUGAGUCUUGCCAGAGGCUUCCCCUCAACUCUCAGCUUCAUUUUGGUCGCUGCCUUGGGUGGACAUCGUUUGCAAGGUCCCCACAGUAAGGCUGUCUGCCUCUCUGGAUUGACCACUUUGUAGAUUCCGCGUAAUGUAAAGACCUGCCUCAACUAUCUUCUGAGGAAAGCAUUACUCUUGGAAGUUCAAAUUGUACUUCAAAAGGAAACUUUUACUGAGAGAAAGUGAUUGCACAGAAGUCAGGCAGAAACUGAAAAGCCCAUGGAAAGCAUUAGGCUAUUUUUCCCUCUUCAAACCCCAUCCAAUCCCACAGUCCCCCAAUAGUCAAUAAUAUACCACAAAGGUGUUUUGAGAAAUUCUGAGAU